AUGGUGGACAAGAGGCAGUGCACAUGCUCUUGUAGAAGGUUGCAAUUGAGUGGAAUUCCAUGUGGGCAUGCAAUAUCUGUGUUAUACUACAAUAAAGAGACACCCGAAAAUUAUCUGGACAAUUGUUACAAGGUUACCACUUUCAUGAACACCUAUAAGAAUAUACUAAAUCCUACUCAUGACAAAGACUCAUGGCCUAAGAGCGACCAAGGUCAUGUCAUUCCACCUGAACCAGUGAACCAAAGAAGAGGUAGGAAAACACUUCUUAGGAGAAAGGAAGCUGAAGAAAACCAAGGCUUCACCAAUGGGAAGGUUAGCAAGAGAGGUGUUAAAAUGAGAUGUAGUGUGUGUGGUGAAACAGGACACAACAAGAGAUAUCAUGGACUAAAGGGAAAUAGAGAUGCUUCAGGCGGGCAAACACAUGGAGAGGCAAGCCGAGGUGAAUCCAUCACAACAGAUGAUCAAACUGCAAUGAAUGAUGCUUUGAGACUAAUUGAUGAAAAUGAGAGAGCUGAAGCAAAUACAGAAGCAGGGGGAGAAUAUCACAUAACACCACCAACAUUGGAUCAUCAGGUGUCACAGUUCAUUACAAUUCCUGUUCAAGCAAUUCAUGAAGCAACACCCUUAGUAGAAUAUUCUAUGAGACAGCAACAACAUGAGUCAGGGAUUCCUGUCACACGGGUUCCAAUAAUACCUAACCAAAAAGCCCAUGUGGAAUUACCUAUUGGAGAAACCCCAGUGAGAAGACCAAAGAUAACCAUUAGGUCUAAAAAAGCAAGGAUAAACGAAGGACCUUCAUCUGAUGCCAAUCCACCAUUUAAAAAUCCUAUUUUUGCUGCAAUUGUCCCUAAGCUAAGGUCCCAGGGAAACCAGAAAGAUGUCAAAGAAGGGAGUAGAGGGCGAGGCAACAGUGUGUCAUCAAGAGAAGAGGGCAUGGCUACCACCGUGAAAUGGCUCCUCUGCUAG